AUUUUUUUAAUUUUAAUGCUUUUAUCUCGUCAAGUAAAAAGGGAUUUUCGAUCAGCUCAGGUGCGGUGUUCCCUUAGUAACCCCUCCUUCCACCCAACGAACGCCGGCGCCCCUCUCCACUCUCCGACGAACACCGGCGCCCCAGUCUCUCUAUCUCUCCGACGAUUACUGGUUCCUUUAAACCCGAGCAGGUGCGUUCAGAAGAAACUCGAACUAUUAUUCAAGGUCCUCUGCACAGACAUGAGUUCCUCUUUUUCACGUGCUUGUUCCACUGUUGGUCGCUCAUUGUUGAGUGGUAUUACUAGUAAUUGCAAUGGAACAAUGAGUGCAUCAUCCAAUCCCAUAGCAAGAUGCCCAUUUUGGUCACAGCAGCAAAGGACAUUCAUACAAAUGAGAACAAACCUUAAGGUUGUGGAUAACUCGGGGGCAAAACGUGUCAUGUGCAUACAGGCACUGAAAAGAAAAAGAGGGGCAAAACUAGGUGACACCAUAAUUGCCUCUGUCAAAGAAGCCCAGCCUCGUGGCAAAGUCAAGAAAGGAGAUGUUGUCUAUUGUGUUGUUGUUCGUGCUGCCAUGCAACGUGGACGAUGUGACGGGAGUGAAAUAAAGUUUGACGAUAAUGCAGUUGUCCUUAUCAAUAAACAAGGUGAGCCUAUUGGAACUCGAGUUUUUGGUCCCGUGCCACACGAGCUUAGGAAAAUGAAACAUGUCAAAAUUUUGACCCUAGCAGAACAUAUUGCAUGAAUUCUGCCUUUUUUCUCAGUUGUUGGGUGAAUUUAGAGGCUUCAUACUUUUUAUGCCAAAACACUAGGGAACCAGUAGAAGCAAGAAAUAUCUUUGAUAACUUUAGUGUAUACUGCCUGUUAUUAUUCAAUUUUCAUGAAUCAAGAGCAGUUCCAUCAACUC